GAGGGGUUCAGAGCGAUUGCACAAUAUGUUCAAAUUCCUCUACCCACCGCCGAGACGGAACAAGAGCAACUCCUGGCGAGUAUAAAGAGGUGGUUUGAAGGUCCGGAUAGUGGCGAUUGGGUACUGGUUAUUGACAACGCCGACGACGAGGAGGACUUUAUUGGCAACUGCGGUCCUAUCUCCAAAUUUGUACCACAAGGCCAAAGGGGUACUCUAAUAUUCACAACUAGAUCUCUCCGGGUUGCGUCCUGGCAGGAUUGUGAAACGAUCGAUGUCGGAAGAAUGGAGGAGGAUGAAGCCCGAGCUUUAUUUUCGAAGCGAUUUGGUAGUUCGAGUAGCUUGACUGAGGAAGACAAAGGGGCGGUCACGAUGAUCCUGGGCUCCGUACAUCACAUCCCGCUGGCUAUCGUAGGUGCAGCAGCUUUCAUGACCGAAACACAGACACCACCUUCCACUUACUGGGCUAUUUUCCAGGGAAGCGACGAACAUGCGAAGAAACUACUUUCGCAACCAUUUUGUGAUAUCCAAAGAGAGGCCGACAUGACCGAAAGCAUCCUAGCUACGUACUUCAUCACCUUUAACCGAAUCACACUGCAGAUGCCCCGAGCGGCCGACCUCCUGCGACUGAUUGCGUUCUUUGAUAAUCAGAAAAUUCUCGAAGAACUACUAGGUCGAUGCGGUUUGGCAGGGAUGGAUGAUCCAAUUGA